CGGCCCCUGAGCGGAGCGCGGCGGCCGCCCGGCUCCAGGUACCGACGGGGCGGGAGGCUCCGGCGGCGGCAGGAGGAGGAGGAAGAGGAGGAGGAGGAGGAGCGGCGGCGGCGGCGGCUCCCCGCCGGCGGCGGGCUCCCUCCGGCAUGGCCCUGGCGGACAGCGCCCGCGGGCUGCCCAACGGCGGCGGCGUCUCGCCGGCGGCGGGGAGCGGGGCGGCGGCGGCGGCUGGGGGGGGUCCGGGCGGCUGGUCGUCCUUCCCGGAGAUCGUGGAGCUGAACGUGGGCGGGCAGGUGUACGUGACGCGGCGCUGCACCGUGGUCUCGGUGCGCGACUCGCUGCUCUGGCGCAUGUUCUCGCAGCAGCAGCCCAGCGAGCUGCCCCGGGACAGCAAGGGCCGCUUCUUCCUCGACCGCGACGGCUUCCUCUUCCGCUACAUCCUGGACUACCUGCGGGACCUGCAGCUGGUGCUGCCCGAGCACUUCCCCGAGCGCAGCCGCCUGCAGCGGGAGGCCGAGUACUUCCAGCUGCCCGACCUGGCGCGCCGCCUGGCGCAGGCACGGGCCGCUGCCGCCGCCGCCCGCCCCGCCGCCCUGCACCGCGACGGCUCGCUGUGCGCCGACGAGCCGCCGCCGGCGCUGCUCGGCUACCUGGAGGCCGAGCCGGCCGACGGAGGGGGCGGCGGCGGCAGCGCCGUCGGGGCGUCCGCGCCGUCGCCCACCGCCAGCCGAAGCCCCUCGGGCGGGCCGCUGCUGACGCCCUCGCAGUCGCUGGACGGGGCGGCCGGGCGGCGCUCCGGGUACAUCACCAUCGGCUACCGCGGCUCCUACACCAUCGGCAGGGAGGCGCAGGCCGACGCCAAGUUCCGCCGGGUGGCGCGGAUCACCGUGUGCGGCAAGACGGCGCUGGCCAAGGAGGUCUUCGGCGAGACGCUCAACGAGAGCCGCGACCCCGACCGCCCCCCCGAGCGCUACACCGCCCGCUACUACCUCAAGUUCAACUUCCUCGAGCAAGCCUUCGACCGCCUCUCCGAGGCCGGCUUCCGCAUGGCCGCCUGCUCCUCCACCGGCACCUGCGCCUUCGCCCCCGAGCAGGGCGGCCCCGCCGACGACAAGAUCUGGACCAGCUACACCGAGUACGUCUUCUGCCGGGACUGAGCCCCGCCCGGCGCUAGGAGGACAAGCAGGAGGGACGUGGUCCCUCGACCUCCUCGUCCCCAGCCCCUGCAGCCCCCUGCUCCUGCACGCACCUCCUGAGAGCCCCGGGGGUGAGGUGCCACCAUGUCGCGUCCCGCCUUGGCUGCCAUCUCGUGUCCUGCCUGGGCCGCCAUGUCGCGGCCCGGCAGCCGCCUCCCUUCUCGCACCGCUGUUUCCCCCCUCACAGCCCCCAGUAGCUGUGUUGGUAGCGGGGAGGGAGAGGUAGCGAUGGUAGACAAACACCCAUCCCGGGAAGGUGUGUGUGUGCAUAGCUCCUGCCUCUCCUUGCACGAGGGGGGUGAGGGCUGGUAGCCCUGCCAGGGUGGGGUAUUUAAAAAAAAUGUUUAGGGGCCAAGGAACUUAUUUUUUUUCCAGUUGCUUUUCAGCGACUUCUGUUGAAGGUGGCACAACAAAUAGCUGUCUUUUCUCAUCCCCAUACUCCCACUGAGGUUCUACCUUGUUGGGCAGAUUCGCAGUGGUCCAUUUUAUUUCCCCUCCCAAAAGCAAUGCCAACCUGUGAAUGACUGAAAGUGAUACCUGUUCGUGAAGGCUUGGCAUAGCAGCUCACAUUUAACCCGUAGAGAAGAGUAAUUUUGCAGGAAGUGCGUGUGUGACCCUUUGUGACCAAUUGCAUCCAUAUCCAUACCCUCUCUUCUGCCUAAACCUCUGAACUUUCCAGGCUGUUAAACUGGGCCAUGGCCUGCGUAGCACAUGCGUGAGGCUGAUAUGAAAGGACUGAUUCCCUGGAUAACGAACCACUUGAACUGUGAAGUGUCCUCAGAGACACGUUUGUGCCCACUGAAGGUCAAGUGACAACUCUUUGAAAACCUAAAAUGCUUGUACAUUGUAACUUUCACGGGUGGUGUGAAGUCCUUACGAUUCUCUUGAAGUCACUGUCUGCAAUAUGCAUAGAAAAUUCAAUGCAUAUUUCCUUAAACACCCUCAAAAUGACUGGGGUGAGAUAACAGCCAGGCUUGCUAUAGUGAAGGUAGGGCCUUUUUCCCGAGAGGGUGAAAUCACAUGUAUUGAAUUGAAGCAGAUGUACAUUAUAAUUGUAAUCAAGAACAACACCCUGCUUAUUACUUUGUUUUGUCAUUUUAGUGCUGUAAAACUUUGAAGCCAACAGAAUUGAUGCUGAAGCAACUUUUUUUUUUUUUUUUUUUUUUUUUUUUAAGAAAAAAUUUCUUGUUUAUCAUGGCAGUAUUGUCGGGAAAGUGACACUGCUGAGAGUUCAGUACCUCUUCCUAGACACAAUCAUUCUUAGAAAGCAUUAAGCCCUAUCCUUACGAAAACAAGAAUGACGCCAGCUUUCUUCAGGGGAAAUGACCCCUUUAAAGCUGUGUUCAUGUUAUCUAACAGAGUAGCGGUUUUUACAGUAUGGAAAAUGAAGCAGUUCUUUCUAAUAAAUUCCUGAAGAUUUGAGUACAAAAGCACUUUAAAACCUGAACAUGAUUUUGAAACCUGUGUUCUCCAUUUGAGACAGUAACAGAAAAGUAUCGUAAAUAAAUCCUGAGCGUUGAAGAAUUUAGCAUGUUAAUGGUUGAAGUUGCAUUUUUAAAACUAUUGAAUAACAGAUUGUUCUAACCCCAAAUUAAGAAAUACUGCUAGCACUUGUAUCUAACCAAAGAAUUUCAUUGUAGAUUUUUAUUUUUAAAAGCUUAAUUCCUUUGAAAAGAGCUAUAGCUAUGUAUGCGUUGAGUUUCAGUGCUUAGUCUUUGUGUUCACCACUUGGUCUUUCACUAAGUACAUGUACAAUUGCAUAAAACUGAAAAUAAUUUGCAUAGCCAUGAUUUUUUUUUAUGUUAGCAAGAUUGUUUAUCAGUGUGAUUAAAGUGACGAUGCGCAUAUGAAAGCUCUGAAAGUUGUCCAGUUGUAGAUAGAUGUAUAAUGGGGUAUUUUUAAAAGGACAGAAAUGUGUAACCUGUCGUGUUAGAUGAGCAAUAAGAUUGAGUGAGAGGCCAAUACACCUGAAGACAGAACAAAACCUGUUUGUCCUAUGCCUUACUCUGAGAUGAUUUCUUUGUGCAUAACUUAUUUAUACCACGGGUGAAAGGAUAUUGAUCACAGCUACUAGGUCUUUAAAACGUCAUUCUCAAGAAUAAUGACGGUCUUUUUCUAGUUUCUGUUAAGUACUUCUGAAGUAUGUUUUUUAAUAUUUUGUAUAAAAUCAGUUUUCAGUAAAGUGUUCAAAUUCGCUCUAGAUGGCUUUCUUUUUUUUAAGAAUCUUGUAGCUUACUAAAUCCGUCAUAGAAGCUAUGAAUAGGGGCAGUUUUAAAUUGAACUUGUGAUUUAGUGUAUAUAUAUAUACAGUAUAUAAACAUUUUACACGAAUCAUUUAGUUUUUUAAUCAUUUUAGUGCUACAGAAUUUCAUAAUAUAUCUCGCUGAACAUUUGCCUAUUACGCUAUGUACAUAAUAUGGUAAUGUUUCAUUGGAUUCCUCUUCCUGUUUCUAAGGAUAAAACUGAAAAUGAAUAUCAGCAUAAUUGUAGAACUGAAAUUGAUGGCAUAUUUGCUUGAAUGUGAAUCAUAACUAAACUUCUAGGUGGUUGAAUGCAUCUCUAAAACAAAGAUUGCCUGUACUUUGAUCAGUGAAUGCCUACCCUUUGCUGGCAUUUGACCCAGAAACUCACGUAUUUUUAAGCAAAAGUGGGUAUAAUAAAAACAUGAACUGAUUUUUUUUUUUUUUUUUUUUAAUAUUUGCAUUUGUGCUCAAAACUCUUAAGCGUGAUUAGUAUUAGGCAAUGGGCCCCCUCACUUACUUAUGAGUUAUCAAGAUCUUGGUUUAAAAUGAUAGUGCCAUAAGUACAGUAGUUUUUUUAUGACAUGCCACAGAAGACUAGACAUUUUCUUAAACAUUAAUCGGUAAUCUCAGUCAAAUUUUUAAAGAGGUAAAAUGCCCUGCGCGAAGUCACUGAAUUUGGAUAGUUCCCUCUAGUGAGAGCUCAAAGAAUGAAUCACCAAGAUGACUCUGCUAAUCUGUUUAUCUGAGGAAGGACAAAAUCCAGAGGCACGCUGCUGGGGUCCUGUGUAUGGUGUGUAGCAGUUGUUCACAGUUCAUAUACUUACAGAUAAAUGCAGUAGCAUUCGUAAGUGCUAUUAAAAAACAAAGGCAGUCAUUCUUUAAUUGGAAGUUAAGGCAUAGGUCUUUUCACUGGUGCACAUCAUGAAGGGUGACUUUGUGGAUGGUUGAUAGGAUGUUUAUAUUUUUAUACAUGUAGAUAACAAACCACUUACUCAUUCUUACUUUCUCAUGUAUAGCAUUGAAAAUAAAGAUCCUCCUAGGAGACUGAUACACAUCAAAUUAAAUUGUUGUUCUUUAAAUAUUAACUCAGUUGUGAUUUAUGCUGUCUUCUUUACUCUUGUUAAAGAUGUCAUUAGCUUUGCAUUCUGUUCCAUAGUCUCAUAUUCAUAACUUUAGCAAAGGCUCCUAGCUGAUAAAUAAAACAGAAACACUGAAUAAAGAAUAGGGAUUUCUAGUAACACCCAUAGCAUGACAAACAGACGUGUAUAAUGCUCAGGCUGCAUAUUUCCUUUCGAGUGUCACAGAGAAUUUUUGUGGUACUAUUCAGUAUAAAUCAGUCCUCAGUAAACCAUAGUGACUAAAUAGCUUAAUCUGAAAAGCAACAUAUAUAUAUAUAUAUAUUUAAAUGAAGCCAGAAAAUUAUGAAAUUAGAUGGAAUAUUCAUAUAAUGAAACAACCAUUAAUACCCAAAGAAAGAUCUGAGAGAAAUGCACGUAGAAACUGUUAAGGAACAGAACAGUGAUUGUAUUGGCUGCCCUAUGAACUAUUAGAGUGCUGUGGUCGGAUUCAUUAAUAAUGAAUUGCUUGUAAAAUCCACUUGUGUAAAGCAUCUGUAUAUGUAAUAGAUCUUUCUUGGGUAGAAUGGUUAUGAUGCAAAGGCAUUUUGAUCAAAUCAUUUUGUUUGAUGGUUUGAUGGUAUUUGAGAGUUUUGUUAUCCCAUAAUACAAGAAGGGAGGUUGUUCCGUAAGCAGCAGAACUUUAACUCUGUCUUUUCUGCAAACGUAAGUCUAAUUUCCUUUAUUUUACCUCUUCAAUUACUCUGCUCAGCUAUGUCCCCUUUAUUUUAUUUCUACUAGGCAAAAGAUGGCAUGCUCUCUGGCAGAACUGUCUUCUGCUACACUGAAGAUUUUUUUAUUAUUAUUAUUUUUUUAUUAUUUUUUUCUCCUCCUUUUCCCAACCAGCAAUAUUCAUGGCAUUUGUAAGAGUGUAACAUCUGUGAGUUUUCUUCCAAUUUUGUUUGAAAUUGCCCAUGAGCUAAGAAGUUAUUAAAGAGGACAGAUGUCCAUCCAAACAGCACUGCAAGUGCAUGAGCCUUAUUUCCUAAGGAAACAAGGCUAACAACAAAUUACUAUAAUUAACGCUUGGCACUGUUUAUAUAAAAUCUUUUGUCAAAGGAGGAUGAAUCCAAGUGCACUAAGUCCCUGUAGAUUGAGGACGCCAGCGGCCACACUCACUUUUGCAACACUAGCCAGUCAACCAAAUGAACGGGUGUGUUAGAAUGGCUUAAAACUUUUUUUUUUUUUUUUUUUUUUUUUUUUUUCCAGCCUGCAGAUUUCUGCAUUGCUUCCAAGUGCAGCUCUGGCAGCUGUGAGUCUUGUUACAACAGCCCGCCUUGGCUGUCUGUCUUAAACCCAUCUGUUGGUACCUUUGCUGGAGAGGAUUUCUGUUACGAACGUGGAGCUUUCAGGACUCCUGCCCUUUUGGCGAGCAGAAAAUGAUUGUGAUGCACAAGAAAAUAUUUUCCAGAGGCUGGAUUUGACUCAGUUUUUUAUUAUAGGAUAUCUUCAGCAUAUUUGUUAAUUAAAAAAUAGCGGAAACGCUUUAUUUAUUUAGAAAGCACUAGCAUGAGCUUUAUGAAACUGAUUGCUAAUUUUGUUUUUCAUAAAGCUGAGCUGCAUGUGCUGUCUCUUCACAGUGAACUGUACUUGAUGUAAGGCUCUGCUGCUAAACAAAAUUGUUGUUCAUGAUUGCUGAAGUAGCAAUACCACCAUCGCAAGUCUGUUGGAAAAAGGCAGCAUGACAGCAACCACUGUCAGUCAUAUUAUCACAUUUCUUCCCUGUUCCUCUCUCCACUGUGUUCAAACUGGAAUAAAAUGGAGCUCUGUUAUA